AACACUCAAGUCUGGUUUCAUUUCUUUCCUCCCCAGUUUUUUUCCUCUCCGCCUUGUAUCUCAAACCCUAACAAACACUAGAAACCAGACAAAAUCUUCUCCGAUCCGAAUCGAAUCAAUUCGAUGGCGUUUAAGCAUCUCCUCUCUCUAGCCCGCCGCUCGCAUCGCCCAUCUUCCGCCGCACUCUCUACAUCAAUCCGCUCUUCAUCAUCUACCGCCGUCGCCGCCACUUUACCCUCGCCACCACCACCAACCGCCAUGAUAUAUGACCGACAAGCUGAGUUAGUCAAGGAAAAACUCAAAGCCCUAGAAAACCCGGAUCCCCGAUUCCUCAAGUACGGGUCUCCCCACCCGGUUAUCCGAGCUCAUACCCACAUCCUUUCAGCUCCUGAAACAAAGAUCACAACCUUACCGAAUGGACUGCGUGUCGCGACGGAAUCAAAUCUUGCCUCGAAAACUGCGACGGUUGGGGUGUGGAUAGAUGCAGGGUCGAGAUUUGAGAGUGAUGAGACGAAUGGGACUGCUCAUUUUUUGGAGCAUAUGAUAUUUAAAGGGACUGAGAAGAGAAGUGCUAGGUAUUUAGAAGAGGAAAUAGAGAAUAUGGGUGGUCAUUUAAAUGCUUAUACUAGUAGAGAACAGACUACUUAUUAUGCUAAAGUUAUGGAUAAAGAUGUUCCUAAGGCUUUGGAUAUCUUGGCUGAUAUUCUUCAGAAUUCUAAAUUUGAUGAGAAUAGGAUUCACCGCGAGAGAGAUGUGAUUUUGAGGGAAAUGGAAGAGGUUGAGGGGCAAACUGAGGAAGUUAUCUUUGACCAUUUGCAUGCUACUGCAUUCCAGUAUACUCCUCUUGGCAGGACUAUUCUCGGACCAGCACAAAAUGUCAAGUCAAUCACCAGAGAUCAUCUCCAGAGUUAUAUACAAACACACUACACCGCUCCUAGAAUGGUCAUUGUUGCUUCUGGAGCUGUUAAGCAUGAAGAAGUUGUUGAGGAAGUAAAGAAAUUGUUUACCAAGUUAUCAACUGAUCCAACCACUGCUUCUCAACUUGUUGCAAAAGAACCAGUAUUUUUCACUGGUUCAGAGGUUAGGAUAAUUGAUGAUGAUGUUCCUUUGGCACAAUUUGCGGUUGCUUUUGAAGGAGCACCAUGGACCGAUCCAGAUUCUAUUGCCUUAAUGGUCAUGCAAGCUAUGUUGGGUUCAUGGAGUAAAAGUGCUGGAGGUGGAAAGCAUAUGGGGUCUGAGCUUGCACAAAGGGUUGGCAUUAAUGAAUUAGCAGAAAACAUGAUGGCUUUUAAUACUAACUACAAAGAUACUGGUCUAUUUGGUGUUUAUGCUGUUGCUAAGCCCGAGGACUUGGAUGAUUUAGCCUGGGCAAUCAUGUAUGAGACAACCAAGUUGAGUUAUCGUGUUUCUGAAGCUGAUGUGACUCGUGCUCGCAAUCAGUUGAAAUCAUCAUUGCUGCUUCACAUAGAUGGAACCAGUCCGGUAGCUGAGGAUAUUGGGCGCCAGUUGCUUACUUAUGGUCGGAGAAUUCCAUUUGCCGAAUUGUUUGCUAGGAUUGAUGCAGUUGAUGCGAGCACUGUUAAGCGUGUUGCAAACAGAUUUAUUCAUGAUAAGGAUAUUGUAAUUGCCGCCAUGGGCCCCGUCCAGGGGUUGCCUGAUUACAACUGGUUCAGACGCAGAACAUACCUGAACCGCUACUAAAUUAUUAAGCUUUUUGCGUAUUACUGCACUGUCACAUUAUUUGGCGAUCAUAAAUUUUUUUGUUGCUUUUACGGCACAACAUCUUCCAGGCAGCCUUGAAGAAUGCCGGGCAUUUUGAAAUCAUUUUUUUUUCUGGCAUGUUAGAUUUCUAUCUGUAAGGCUCUUGUUGUUUCAGCAAUAAAGUAAAUGCAUUGUUCAGUAAAUGGCUGUUACUAUGAUAAAUUAUUUGGUGCUUUUAAGGAAGCACAAAGCAAUGCGCAGUUAUGUUCAUAUUA